AACACAGACCAGCUUGAAUACGAGGUCACAGAAGAGCAUCAGUCUCCAGCUGGAAUCAGUGAUGAUGAGGAGAUGCUCAUCAGUGAGGAAGAAGUUCCCUUCAAAGAUGAUCCAAGAGAUGAAACCUACAAGCCCCAUCUAGAGAAGGAAGCGCCAAAGCAAAGGAGAAAAGCUAGCAAGGGGAAGGAGGAAAAAGAGAAACAGAAAGAGAUUAAAGUAGAAGUGAAAGAAGAGAGUGAGUUUCGGGAGGAUGAAGAACCACCAAGGAAGAGGGGAAGGAGGAGAAAGGAUGACAAGAGCCCAAGGCUGCCCAAGAGAAGGAAGAAGCCUCCGAUACAGUAUGUCCGUUGCGAGAUGGAAGGCUGUGGCACAGUCUUGGCUCACCCGCGUUACCUGCAGCACCACAUAAAGUACCAGCACUUGCUGAAGAAAAAAUAUGUGUGUCCUCAUCCCUCCUGCGGUCGGCUCUUCCGACUCCAGAAGCAGCUCCUGCGGCAUGCCAAACACCACACAGAUCAAAGGGAUUACAUCUGUGAGUACUGUGCCCGGGCGUUUAAGAGUUCUCAUAACUUGGCAGUGCACCGAAUGAUCCAUACGGGCGAGAAGCCCUUGCAGUGUGAGAUCUGUGGAUUCACCUGCCGGCAGAAGGCUUCCCUCAACUGGCACAUGAAGAAGCAUGAUGCGGACUCCUUCUACCAGUUCUCCUGCAACAUUUGCGGCAAGAAGUUUGAGAAGAAGGACAGCGUCGUGGCCCACAAAGCCAAGAGCCACCCCGAAGUGCUUAUUGCUGAAGCACUGGCUGCCAAUGCGGGUGCCCUGAUCACCAGCACCGACAUCCUGGGCACUAAUCCUGAGGCCAUUGCGCCGCCCACCGAUGGCCAGGGCCUCCCCCUGCUUCCCGACCCCCUGGGAAGCGCUGCCCCGGCAGAUUGCCUGCUGCUGAACCCUGACGGGAUGCCGAAGACCUACUGCGGUGGGGCAGAGCGCGUGAGCCUGGUGGCUGACGGCAAGCUCUUUGUGGGCAGUGGCAGCAGCACAAACCCGGAGGGGCUGGUCAUGAACACAGAGAUCCUGGGAGCCACCACGGAGGUGCUCAUCGAAGAUUCAGACUCCACUGGACCCUAGUGGGCGGGGAGCACGUGGGUGCUGGGACAGUUUGGACUCUGUAUUUAAAAGGAAAAAAAAAAAAGAGACACUUACUGAAAGAGAGAAAAGUUAAACAAAACUUACAAUACUAGUAAAUAACCGAAGGGUCUGCUCCCCUCCAGCGUGGAUCACAGCACAUCCUCUUUCUCCCAACCACUUCUCUCUCCCACUGCUCCUUUGUAGAAAGGGGCACAUGCUGCCAUUACCAGAGCAAGUUGGAUUGAGCGAUGGAUUUCUCCAAGGGAGGGGGGACUGCUGAAACCCUUUGCUCUACCCCAAAGCAGAUGCCUUUCUGGCUCCUUGACGUGGCCCCACUCACAAGCUAGAAAGCAUUUGAUGUGCUCUGGACAAGUUUCUUAGGACUCCCUCUCGCCCCUGGUCCCAACUUCUAUGCAUCGCUGCACUCUGGUCCUUGCAGUCUCAUUCUUCCUCCCGGGGCUGGGAGUUUGGCUUGGCACUUUAGGCCCCCUCAGCAGGGUGAGCUGUGAAACAGCGCACGUCCCUCUCCCCACCGCGCUCCUCUGCUCCAGCUCUGGCAGGAAGUCGAGGGAACGCCCUGGCUCAUAGAUCAUGUUUGCUUGGAGAGGCCCGGGGGCUACGGGAGCCCUGCGUGGGAGAGGCAAGGAGGAGCAUCCCAGUUUGACGACAGUAAUUUGCACUUUGAACAUGCUUCGUUUUUGUGUUGUGGUAACAAGAUUCCUUAUUUAUUGAUUAAAAAAGGGUUGGUAUUUUUUAGUUAUGU